AUGACUGAUAUAUCUACUCAAACUAUUAAGUCGAUCUGGAAUAAAGCUAUUGAGCGGGGAUUUGAUCCUUUACAGCGACCUUUAUUAGUCAUUGAUGCGUAUGUUGCUGAUGCUAAUCGUUCUGGUCGGCCAAAGAAGCAGACACCUGAGGUUAUAGCUUCAGCACUAGCCAAGGUACGUCUUGAUCGAUACGGACGGGAGAAGACUUGUACUGAUACUCUUAUUGAGUCUUAG